CUCCGCACCGGUUACCUGGCCGUCUGGGUCGCGCUCCCCUGGGUUCUGCACUUGUCCCGCGUAUCUGCCUUCAACCUCGACACCGGCAACGUGCUGAGGAAAGACGGGGAGCCGGGGAGCCUGUUCGGGUUCUCUCUCGCCCUGCAUCGGCAGCUCAACCCGGACCGGAAAAUGCUGCUGAUCGGGGCCCCUAGAGCCAGGGCUCUGGACAACCAGAGAGCCAACAUCACCGGCGGCCUGUAUAAAUGUGAAAUCACCCAGUCUAAUGCGUGUGAGCGCGUCGACUUUGAUAAUGAAGAGGAUGUCCGCACCGAGAACAAGGAGAACCAGUGGAUGGGGGUGACGGUUCAGAGCCAGGGACCCGGGGGUAAAAUUGUGACCUGUGCUCAUCGCUACCAGAGGCGCCUGUUCGUGAACACGCCGCAGGAGUCCCGCGACAUGACCGGGCGCUGCUACGUCCUGAGUCAGGACCUGACCAUCGACUCCGCCUCGGAUGAGGACGGGGGGAACUGGAAGUUCUGUGAGGGCAGAGCCAGAGGCCAUGAAAGGUUUGGAUCCUGCCAGCAGGGCCUGGCUGCCACUUUUACCAAGGACUACCACUACCUGGUGUUUGGAGCACCGGGGGCGUACAACUGGAAAGGCAUCGUGCGGGCGGAGCAAAAGAACAACACGUUGUUGGAGAUGGGGUUUUACGACGACGGCCCUUAUGAAGUGGGAGAUGAAAACAUCUUGGACCCUGAACUGGUUCCUGUGCCUGCCAACAGCUACCUAGGGUUUUCCCUGGACUCGGGACACAGCAUCACAAAGGGCCGGGGCCUAACAAUCGUGGCCGGCGCGCCCAGAUCGAAUCACUCCGGGGCCGUUGUGCUGUUAAAGAAAGAGAGCGAGGCCUCCACCAGACUCUCCCCCGAGUUCAUCCUGCAGGGACCAGGACUGGCCUCCUCUUUUGGAUAUGACGUGGCUGUCGUCGACCUGAACGGUGAUGGGUGGCAAGAUAUAGUUGUGGGAGCCCCUCAGUUCUUCAUGAAGGACGGAGACGUCGGAGGGGCUGCUUACGUUUACAUCAACCAGGCGGGAAAGUGGAACAAGAUCACGCCGACCCGUCUCAACGGGACCAAGGACUCCAUGUUCGGGCUGGCGGUAGAGAACAUCGGGGAUGUCAAUCAAGACUCUUACCAAGACAUUGCUGUCGGGGCUCCUUAUGAAGACGUAGGGGCAGGAAGAGUCUACAUCUAUCACGGCUCUGCAAAGGGAAUCAACGCCAAACCUGCACAGAUCCUGUUGGGGAAGGAAAACAACAUCAGACUAUUUGGAUAUUCUCUGGCUGGGAACCUGGACUUGGACGGUAACGCCUAUCCUGAUCUGGCUAUCGGCUCUCUCUCUGACACAGCUCUGGUUUACAGAGCAAGACCGGUUAUCAAAAUCAAGAAGGACGUCAAAAUAACCCCGAGGGAAAUUGACCUUACAAAGAAAACCUGUGGCAACAGCAUUUGCUUCACCGUGGAGGCAUGCCUCAGCUAUGAAUCAAACCCUGCGUCCUACAGCCCCAAAAUAAUUAUCAGCUAUUCCUUCGAAGCAGAAGAAGAUAGGAGGAAGCAAGGGUUUCUCUCCAGGGUGGUGUUCCUUAACAGGUCCCACACCGACUUUGAGUACCAGUCAAAUGGGACGCUGGAGCUCCGCGGUCAGAAAAAGAGGACUUGCAUCAAGACGAAGCUCAAACUUCAGGACAACAUUAAGGACAAACUGCGCAGUAUUCCCAUCGAGUUUUCUGUGGGUAUUGUGGACAUCAAGCGCCACAAGAGACAGAACGCUCUUCCUCAUCUCAUUCCCAUUCUGGAUUCCUCGCAGCCAAGCAGCGUUGUGACUGAGGUCAACUUCUUGAAGGAAGGGUGUGGAAGUGAUAAUAUUUGCCAAAGUAAUCUACACUUGCAGUACACGUUCUACUAUAAGGAAAACAACCAGGACAUGUUCACGCCCUUACCCAUUGAGAAAGGGCUUCCGGUGUUCUCCCUGAGCGACCAGAAAAGGGACUUGGCUCUGCGGGUGACCGUUUCCAACCAAAAGGGGGAGGACGCUCACGAGGCAAAGCUCGUGGGGAGCUUCCCGGACACGCUAUCCUACUCAGGAGUCCGCUCACAGAAAAAGAUGAGGGAAAAACAAAUCAUCUGCAUUGCCAAUAUUAAUGGUUCUCAUGCCGAGUGUGAGCUGGGGAAUCCAUUUAAGAGAGAUGCCGAGGCUACAUUUUACAUCAUCUUGAACACGCUGGGUAUAUCUCUUGACACCACGGAGAUCGAUAUCGACCUACAGCUCCAAACGACAAGUACACAAGACAAAAUUGCCAAUGUCAAAGCAAAGGCCAAAGUGAUCAUCGAGCUGGCGUUGUCGGUCACGGGGGAGGCAAGCCCACCUCAUGUUUAUUUUGGGGGCACUGUGAAGGGAGAGAGCGCCAUGAAGACAGAGGACGAGAUUGGCAGUUUGAUUAACUACGAAUUCAGAAUAACUAAUUUGGGGAAACCGCUGAAAUCGUUUGGGACGGCAUCGCUGCACAUUCAGUGGCCCAAAGAAAACGUGGAUGGGAAAUGGCUCCUCUAUCUGGUCAAAAUCACCACCACCGGCCUGGAAGAGAUCUCCUGUUCUCCUGAGAGUGAGAUCAGCCCUGUUAAACACAUCCAGGAGUCCCCUGCAGGACGAUCGAGACGCGAGACCGGACAGAGAGGGACAUCCGGUGGCAAAGUCCCCCUGCUGGCAGAGCAGAGAAAGCGAAAAGCUUUGACGUGCGGCAACAGCUACGACGCUAAAUGUGUGGUGAUCAAAUGCCCCCUGCAGGGCUUGGACGGUACUGCAGCGAUUGCGCUGAGGUCUCGCCUGUGGAACUCCACGUUCCUUGAAAAUUACGCCUCUUUUAAGAGCCUCGAUGUAAUUGUGAAAGCCUCACUCAGGCUGGACACUCUUGCUAAAAACAUGAUCCUGAGGAAGGCAGAGACUCAGGUGACGGUGACCGUCUACCCCGAAAAGACGGUUGCCCAGUAUGGCGGAGUCCCCUGGUGGAUCAUCCUGGUGGCUGUUCUUGCUGGCAUCUUGGUGCUGGCGUUGCUAGUGUUUCUGCUCUGGAAGUGCGGAUUCUUCAAACGCUCCAAGUACGACGACAGCGUUCCCAGGUACCACGCGGUGUGCAUCAGGAAGGAGUCCCCCCCGUGCGGCGGAAAGGUCCACCUUGACCUUUUUGAGAGAAAACAGUGGAUGACUACCUGGAGCGAGAACGAGAGCUAUUCGUGAAACGUCUCGGAACUGCUCAGAAGAUCCGAGACGUUUUUCCUUUUCACGCAGUUCGGAAGCCGCAAAUCCAUCGAGCUCGUUUCUUCUUCUUCUUCGUUUCAACAAUUUCUCUCCCGUUCAGCGAAGAAAGCGAACUUAUUUCAGUGCCCCGUGUCGGUAUCGCAAGUGCUCGUCGUAUUGGGGUUUUUUUUUUAAGUUGUAGAUACUUGUGCUGAAUCUGAAUUACUUUUAUCAAAUUCCUAUGAAUUUCUUCAGUGUAUAGACGAUAAAAUGUAAGUUGUGUACAUAUUUGAAAACUGAAGCACACUGUAUAUUUAAUAUUUUCUCUUUUUAAGAAAACAAAAACAAAAAAACAAGUCACGUUUAGCCAAAGAGUCUGUGUUGUCUUAAAGCUGCUUCCGAGUGGACGAAGGGCUUUUUUCUGUUUUUGUUUUUUUUUCUGUUUUAGUCGAUGCACAUUUCCUUACAGGUAGCAGCUACAGGGUGUGGCCGACAGCCUCGGACUCACUCCGCUCACACCACGAAGCAGUGCGCUGUUGAUUGUUCUACACAGAUGUACAGCAGAAUUACAACAGUGCACCAGUGACGCUUAUUUUUGUUGUGUUUUUUACUGCAAAACUCUGAAAUGACGACUCUUAAUUCAGAAGUCUGUGCAAGAGAGGCCCUCCGAACUGGCUGUUUUUUGGGGGUGGGGGUGGGGGGUUUGCAACUGCGGACACAAUCGGCUCAGUGAAACAUAAUGUGAUGUUUUAAGAGGUCAGUAUCCCGAGUCAAAAACAAAAGAAGAAGAAAUGCACAGCGGGCAGUAUUAACGGCAGCAGAAGGUCCGUUGUGAGUUACUUGACUGUAGGUUUACACUCGCACCCCUCGGUAGAUCCAGGGAACACCAACUGUACACAGACACACACACCUCCACAGACACUCCGGCUUCACAUUAAUACAGAGGCACUGCCCACUGGAGGAGUUGCGGGUUCAGACGCCUUGCUUAAGGACACGCUGGACAGCGGCUGUUGACGGAGGGGGGAGCAUUAAUUAGAGCACCAAUCAUUUCCCUUUUUACCAAUACACAAUUUCCCUGGUGGGUCUGGGCAUUUGAACUCACAAGCCCCCUCCCCUCACAAAGCCUACAACCUCUAGGCCACUGCUGCCCCCAUCAGGUCACCCAGGUACAUGACCACUUUACAGUAACGGAAGGCAGGCAGCACCCGGCAAACACAACUUGAACCCCCAAGUGAGAGGACGGACCCACAAGCUGCACAUCCUGAUGUGAGCAGCCGCAUCAUACGCUGGUUCAGUGGGUAACACAAUAAUAACUACACAAAUGAAGCAUUAGUUCAGUAUCAGUAACUACUGAAUUCAUCAUUUGUAAAGUGUGUUAAUAGAUGUUUAUAGAUACUUAUUAAUACUGCAGCUCAUGGUUAAGUCAGGUAGUACUAGAUGUUGGGUAGUAUUUUGUACGAGCUCAUCUAAAGUCAGGACUAUCUGCCUUACAAAGCAUUUACACAUGAGACUGAAAGGCCAGCAGCACCUUCAGACUCACAACAGUAAAGGAUCAUGAGAUCCUUUAGAAAGUGCAAGUACACAAUUAACACACUGUUUACGUGUAGAUAUGUGCAUGAAUUAAUCAUGGAUUGCAGCAUUAAUAAGUAUUUAUAAACAUCUAUUAACACUCACUAACCACUGGUGCACGUCUUGCGGUACAAAUGAUGACCUCAGUAGUUACCAAUACUGGACCAAUGCUUCAUUUGUGUAUUUAUAAGUUGUGUAGUUAUUAUAGUGUUACUGUUCAGUGUUGUAUGUGUUAAAUCUAAAAAUCACGUGUGUGAAUGAAGACUGAUUGUGUAUCUCUGGAGGAAGAGGGGAGAAUAAAAGAAAACUCCGAAGGGAAUUUGGUGUAAAGCGACCGGAAUAUUCCGAGAAAACGUGACGGAAAAUGAAAAUGAACGUGUCUUCGGUGGC